CCCGCGCGGUGUUUACCCGCGGUGCAUGGUGGGGCGGUCUCAUCCAGCAACCUCGGCCCAACGGCCGCCCAGAGGCUGUGCUGAGCUGGCACAGCGACAGCAGCAUGAACUGGACCCUCGCAUCGUCCGUGCCCUUGUCGAGUCCCGACUACUACGAGAGGCUGGGCCAACUCCAGCAUGGGCUGCGGGACAGUGAAAAGAAGAGAUUGGACCUGGAAAAGAAACUUUAUGAAUAUCAUCAGUCUGAUACAUACAGAGUUAAGCUGAAAUAUGUAAAACUAAAGAAUUAUCUGAAGGAAAUAUGUGAAUCUGAAAAGAAGGCUCAUACUCGAAACCAAGAAUAUUUAAAGCGAUUUGAGCGUGUCCAAGCUCAUGCUGUACACUUCACCACAAAUACAGAGAAGCUUCAAAAACUGAAGCUUGAAUAUGAGACUCAAACUAAGAAGACGCUACCCUCAAAAGAUAGUCUGGGACUAAAAGGUGAACUGAAAGAUGAAGACAGAGAAAAGGUUGCAGUGCAGGAGGGAAUUAACUCAGGAACAGCCAUGUCAAGAGGAUUGUAUCAACCAGCAACAAUCUUUAUGGGCCGCCAAAUGUCAGCCGUCUCAAGCAUGGGAGAUUUCAGUACAGAGCACAAAUCUCCCCAACCCACAAAGAACUUUUCAAUUCCUGACCCACAUUCACACCGACAGACAGCCCAGAGAAGUAAUGUGACAGAGAGCUGUGUAGUACAAACUAGUAAUGACACACAGUGCUUAAAUAAGUCUGACAGCAUAGAUGGAAAGGCAUCUCUUCAGAUUGGUGAGAAAACGCCAGUCACAGCCAGUGUAUUGUCUGAGGAGGAGCAAACUCAUUGCUUGGAGAUAGGAAGUAACACGCGUCAUGGCAAGAGUAAUUUAUCUGAAGGCAAAAAGUCUGCUGAACUCAAUUCCCCGUUACAGGAAAGAUUAAGUCCAGAGAACAGAACCACUGAUUUAAAGUGUGACAGUUCCAGCAGAUCAGAGGGAUCAGAGGGAGAAAUACUGACACGGGAACAUAUUGAAGUUGAGGAAAAAAGAGCCAGCCCGCCAGUCUCUCAGAUAACAGUUUCAGAAUACUGUGAAUCUGAAAAUAAGUGGUCUCAAGAGAAGCAUUCUCCUUGGGAAGGUGUUUCAGAUCGUCUUGCUCACGGGGACCCAAAGUCACAAAAGCCCUUCAGAAAUAAGCAGGAAGAGAAGGAGGAGGAAAGUUGGAGUACCAGCAGUGACCUCACUGUUUCAAUAAGUGAAGACGAUGACCUGUUUUUAAAGAGCCCAGAACCACAGCCAAAUCCAGGUGGCAAGAUGGAGAGAGAAGAUGGAAUAGAGGCCUUAAAAUUAAUCCAUGCUGAGCAAGAAAGAGAUGCCCUAUCCACUGAAAAAAAUCAUUGUAUUUUGCAAACCCUAAGCUCUCCUGAUUCAGAAAAGGAAUCCUCCACUAACGCACCAACUAGAGAACCUGGACAAGCACCAGACUCAGGCGUACCGAGGGCACCGGUGGGUCAGCAUGUUGCCACCUUGAAAAAACAUGAUAAUUCUCUCAAAGAAGAGGCAACAGCAUUAUUGAGAAAAGCCCUUGCAGAAGAGUGUGGCCAUAGGUCAGCUAUUCACAGUAGUGAAUCAUCUUGCAGCUUGCCGUCUAUUCUGAAUGACAGUAGUGGAAUAAAGGAAGCCAAACCUGCUGUAUGGCUCAACAGCGUUCCUACAAGGGAACAAGAAGUUUCAAAUGGCUGUGGAGACAAGAGCAAGAAAGAAAACAUGGCUGCAGAUAUCCCAAUCACAGAAACAGAAGCCUACCAGUUGCUGAAGAAGGCUACCCUUCAGGAUAAUACAAAUCAAACUGAAAACAGGUUUCAAAAGGCAGAUGCUUCUGUGUCACACUUGUCAGGUUUGAAUAUUGGCAGCCGUGCAUUUGAGACAAAGACAGCUAACAAAAUUACGUCGGAAGCUAGUUUUUCAUCUAGUGAAGGAAGUCCUUUGUCAAGGCAUGAAAACAGAAAGAAACCCAUGAUCAAGUUAAAAUCUAAUGCCCUCUGGGAUGAGUCUGACGACAGUAACUCAGAAAUUGAGGCUGCUUUACGCCCUAGAAACCAUAACACCGAUGAUUCUGAUGAUUUUUAUGACUAACAUGCUGUGACAUCUGUUGUAAAUAAAGUCUUUAAACAAACU